UAUAGUUUUACAGUUUUUGACCUUCACUAAACAGACACGACAGCAGGAGUGGGCAAACAGUGAGGACAGGCUAUGGGGAACGGUAGUUCUAAUGUUGAUUUCAUGGCGCAGUGGAAUAACAACAUUGAAGCAAUAAAUGGUGUAAAGGAACAGAUGAAAAACUUGAUAAAAGAAAAUACAGGUGUAAAGGAACAGAUGAAAGACUUGAUAAAAGAAAAUACAGGUAUAAAGGAACAGAUCAAAAUCUUGAUAAAAGAAAAUACAGUUGUACAGACAGGGAUUAAAAGUUUGACAGAAGAAAAUAAAGGUAUCACGGAGGCACUGCAACAGUUAAAGAUUUCCAAUGAUAAAAUACUUACAAGAUUGAUUGCUAUUCCCGCUGUCAUUUUGAUCAUUUAUGGCAUAAAAGAAUUCCUGUCAAAACGUCGUAGGAAUACCUAGAAGAUAGAAGAAGUGAUGUCCCUAUUCGCGAAUUGCUUUUGAAAACAAAGUGGCAGAAAUGAUUUUUUUUUAUAUAAUAAGGGAUCGGCAAUAGGGUUUUUAUUUGUGUGUUGACUAAUCGACUAAUUGAUGUGUAGAUUUCAUUUUCACCCUAAAUAUA